AUGAACAGCUGGGGCCAGCUCGAGCUCCUCCGCCAGACCCUGUGCCGUCGCAGUCCCGAGCUGGAGUUUAGCAAUGAUCUUCUCACCGAUAUCGACAAGGUCCUUUCGUACAAACACAGUCACGCUCUUCUCACUCCAUCUGCAUCAAUACCCCAUCGGUUGAUCUCCAACAAUACCAGGAUAUCCGUGUGGAAAGGCGACAUUACCACCCUGACCGACCCGUCUCAUCGAUGUAUCGACAACGUCAUCCACUCUGCCGCUGGUCCUCGCCUGCGACAAGCGUGUUACGAUUUGAUGAUCAAGCAGGGCCACGAUGAGCCCGUUGGACAGGCGAAGGUGACACCCGGAUUCAACCUCAACGCCAAAUACGUCAUUCACACCGUUGGCCCGGAACUCGGAACUGGUCAAGCGCCCACUGCGCUUCACCGGAAGCAGCUGAGUGACUGCUACAAUUCAUGCCUUGACGCGAUGGAGAGAUUGCCCGCGCUAUUGGACGGCCGCAAGGUCGUUGCAUUCUGCUGUAUCUCCACGGGCCUGUUUGCAUUUCCGCCUGAUCUUGCCGCGCAGAUUGCGAUUGAUACCGUGGUGAGGUGGUGCGUGGAGCAUCCGGAGACUACUAUCACCGAUAUCAUCUUCGAUACCUUUCUCGAUACGGAUUUCGAUCUAUACAACGACAAGCUCUCGUCUCUCGUCCAAGCGAACAGUGCCGUGAAGAUCCUACCAGCUCAACCGGCGCCGACACCAAGACCCUCUCCUUCAAUAUCAACAGCCCGCUCAUGGCUCGCCGAAGCAGACUACCUCAUCAUAUCCGCAGGAGCCGGUCUCUCCGCCGCAACAGGCCUAGACUAUACAUCCCCGUCGCUCUUCGCAAAGAACUUCCCCGCCUUCCUCCCCCUGGGUCUCCGCCGCCUGUACGACGUCUUCGGCUUCACCGGGUGGAAAUCCCCGGGCCAGAAAUGGGGAUACUACUUCACCCACCUGAACAUGGUGCAGACAUGGCCGCCAUCGCCCCUCUACGCCUCUCUGCUAAGAAUAUCCUUCCGCUUCGGACCCCGCUCCUUCAUCCGCACCUCAAAUGCAGACGGCCUCUUCGUCGCGAACGCCUUCCACCCCUCGCGGAUCUCUACGCCACAAGGCCAAUACGCUUUCCUGCAAUGCUUGGCCCAGUGUCGCCGGGAAGCGGUGUUCCCGUCCGCGCCGUUCGUCAAUGCAGCCAUGCCAUUUUUAGACCCAGUCACGCAGGAACUCACCGACGCGUCGAAGGUCCCGAGCUGUCGGUACUGCGACGGCGAACUCACGCUCUGUGUUCGGGGCGGGGAUUACUUCAAUGAUUCUCCAUUCCAGGGACAGGAGAGGGAGUAUGCGCGUUUCCUAGAACAUAUACUAUCUGAAGUGCAGCAUGGCAAGAAGGCGGUAAUCCUUGAGCUGGGGGUUGGACUGAACACGCCGGCUGUGCUGAGGUGGCCGAGCGAGGAGCUUGUUGAGGGGGCGGCGAAUGCAGCUGGAGGUGGGGGGGUCAGGUUGGUUCGGGCGGGGCUUGAGGCCGCGGGGUGUGUGCCUUGGGAGCUUGAGGAGGGGGGUGUUGGUGUUGGGGUUUCGGGGGAUUUGGGGGGUGUUGUUGGGAUGUUGGGGGGUGAGUAG